AUGACUGAUACAGAAACGAGCGACUCGAAGAGCACCACAAACCCUGUUCUCAGUGAGGACGCAACAUCCCAAGAACAAAAUCUCAAUAGCCACGCACAAAGUCCCAGCGAAGACAACCAAUCAGAUCCAGCUUCAAAGGCCACAGAUGCACAAGUAGACGAGUCCAAAAGCGAGACCGAUAAGUCGAUACUAGAAGAGGAUGGUAUUGCUGCAGACGUUGAAGUUCAAUCCACCCAUUCUCUCAAAGAAUCUGACAACGAAAGCGUUUAUGAAGAAGCAGAGGCAGAGGCAGCACUAGACGAAGAAGAGCAAAAGACUGAAAUAAAAGCCAAAGAUGAUCAAUUGAGUUCUAGUUCCCCGAAUGAAAAUAGUGCCGUCGUCCACGGAUCUGUGGCUGAAGAAGCAUCUGCCAUUGUAGAAGACAACACAAAGCUCACAGUUGAUGAUACUGCCGAUACUCCGGCUGAGACCAAGGAGACCUCGACUGAAGUCCUUAGUGACGAAGCUGAUCCUCAGCCUGAGGAGCUCAUGAGAAACUUAAACUCUUCCAUUGAUGGAAUCAGCCUAAGCACGCCUACUCAAAAGACUACUCUUCCGGCCCGUAACCACCUCAAAUUGGCCAUCAACUCUAAUUUGUCUAAUGUUCCGCCGCCUCCCAUGAGUGCAUCCUCCUUGUUGCAAUCAAAACAACUCGAGAUUUCCUCCAGGUUUGGAAGCAAAGACAGGGCUCAACAGGAGGCAAUUACCACGGGUAUCCGUAGUAUAAAGAAUACAUUCAAGGAAAUAAGAUCUACACUUGAUCAUAUGCCCGCCGAACUUGUGGGCGGACCCAUUGAUUGGGACUUCUGGACCCGCGUGGUGGAAAACUAUCAGGACGUUGUUGAGAACGAACAGCCUGAGCUUCUUGAAGCUGUUGCAAAAGGUAUUCCAAAAGAGUUUCGUGGAAUUGUAUGGCAAUCAGUGGCUAGAUCUAAGAGUGUAGUGAUGGAAGAGCUCUACAUGCACCUCAAAACUGAAGAGUCUGUUCACGAGAAGGCCAUCAAACGCGAUCUCACACGUACAUCAUUCUACACCAAUGUUGAGGCCGUCGAUAAGGCUGGUGAAUUGUUCAAUGUCAUCAAAGCAUACUCCAAUUUCGACCCAGACGUGGGUUACACUCAAGGCAUGGUUUUCAUCGCGGUGCCUUUAAUUAUGAACAUGACAGAGAGCGAAUGCUUUUGUUUGCUUGUCACACUCAUGAAGGAAUAUGAACUUCGCGAGCUUUUCUGCCCCGAAAUGAGAGGAUUGCAUUUAUUGCUUCACCAGUUUGACCGCUUACUUGAGCAGAAGCUGCCUCUUUUGUUCAAUCACUUACUAAGACAGGGCGUCCGCUCACUGAUGUAUGCUUCGCAGUGGUUUCUUACGUUUUUCAGCUACAAAUUUCCCCUUGACGUUGUAUUGCGUAUUUUUGAUGUCAUCAUCACUCAAGGCACCGAGGCUUUGAUCAAGUUGGCGAUAGAUUUGAUGCUUCGCAACGAAACAAGCUUACUUCGACUCAAUUUCGAUGCACUUCUAGACUUUCUCAAGCUCAAUUUGUUCAACAUUUACGUGAGCGAGGAGUUUGUGCAAGCAGAGGCCCUGGAAGCCAGGAGAUUUCCACUAUUAACAAGACGUCCGUCAUCCAAAACGACGCCUUACUACAAACUUGAUGAAUUUAUGCAAGACUCGAUGCUUGUAGAAAUAUCUCCUAUCGACCUAGCCCGUUACAAAGCUGAGUUUGAACAGUUAUGCGCCGAGGACGAUGGACGAGCUACAGAAAUUGAGAAACUCAAAGAGCAAAGUGGGGAGCUACGCCACGAAAUCAAGGGUUACGAGUCAGAAUUGUUCACCCUCAAUUACCAACACAUCAAUGUUGUCCAAGAGCUUGUCGACAAGAAGGUCAUUCUUCCUGAAGUACUCGGCGAUAUAGAUGAAUUGAAACAUGAGGUGGCCAAAAUGGAGAACGCCAUUCAGGAAUUGGAAUCCAAAUUGAACGAAGAAAAAGACAAUAUUCCACAGGACAUUGAAACUAAAAUUCAAGAUUUACUACAACAGAAUGCCCGUGAGGCAGAGCGUUUUGCUAACUUGGAUGAACAAUUUAACAACCUUACCAUUGAGAACGAACAACUUGAGGCCACAAUUAAAAAGAUGCCAAAAACAUGGUUUUGGAAUAAAUGA